AGAGUUGUCACAGAUAAUACAGUCCCCCUGAGAAGAGUUUAGGAAACAGCAACAGAUACUGUACUAUGUAGUUGGCAUUAAUACUCUUCAGAAAUGCUUGAUUCUAUCUAAUUUAAAUGUAGCAGACAGAAAGUAAAUGCUAUAUGAAUUUAAAAUUAAAAGAAUAAGAUACCCCUGUUAUCAUGAAGGGCUAAUUUUAUCUUACCAGUCUCUGACUUGCUACUCAGUAUAUUAACUUUAUAAAAUGUUAAAUCUCCUUCAGUUGGCAGUUGCUUAACAACUCCAAAGUUUAGAAUAAAGUGACCUUAAAAAGAUGACAACAUUUAUAGAGGAGAAAGAACUCCAGGAGAGACUGAGAGAAGCAGCUGCUUUGGGAGACCUUGAGGAAGUCCAAAGACUGGUGGAAUUCGGAGUGAAUAUCAACUCUCAGAAUGAAAUCAACGGCUGGACUUGUUUGCAUUGGGCAUGCAAACGGAACCACGCUCCAGUGGUAACUUACCUGAUAGAGUCUGGUGCUGAUAAGGAGAUUCUGACAAGUAAAGGAGAAAUGCCAGCCCAGUUAACCGCAAAGAGAGAGAUUAGGAAAAUAUUGGGAGUAGAAGAUGGUGAACUUGCAGAUUUGAAGCAAGACUCUCACUCGUCAAUUGUCCCAAAUUAUUUGGCGAAUCCACCUUUCCCCUAUGUUUAUAACACAAUGAGUAACAGCAUUCCAAAUCCUUCCACUGGUUCUCUGAAUGGAAGCUUCCCCAUAUCCUUAGAAUUGCAAGAUGUAGAUUAUCCCAGUUCAUUACCUCGAGUGAAAGCACAUACUUCUGCAACAUCACAAUAUGAAAAUGCUGCUUCUGCAGUGGCUGAUAAUAAAGAUAUGCUGACAUCACCUGGAGCCAGUACCAUGCCAGAAUUCCCCAAGCCCGUAGGCCAGAAUGGUCCAAUUCACCAGACAUCUCUGCCUCAGAGCAGAAGUUACUCUUCUCCAGCUGCAUUUAAACAACCUGUGCCCCAGCAACAGCAUGGCACAUGUAUGGGGCCUAUGCCAGCAUUUCAGCCAUUUUUCUUCACUGGAGCUUUCCCAUUUAAUAUGCAAGAACUGGUGCUUAAGGUGAGAAUUCAGAACCUUACUCUUAGAGAGAAUGACUUCAUUGAAAUUGAGCUGGACAGACAAGAACUAACCUAUAAGGAACUGCUCCGAGUGAGUUGCUGUGAACUGGGAGUUAAUCCAGAACAUGUAGAGAAGAUUAGAAAAUUACCAAAUACAGUAUUAAGAAAGGACAAAGAUGUUGCAAGACUUCAGGAUUUCCAAGAACUGGAGCUGGUUCUAAUAAUCAAUGACAAUAACUUUCAGUUGAGAAAUUCGGUGCCAACACUGACUGAAAGGCCUUGUUACAACAAGAAAGCAUCAAAACUGACUUACUAACUAUUUAAAGCAGCAUAACACAAAAUAUUUGUAUCUUGUGUUUUAAAGCAAUGGAUUCAAUGUUUAAGCAUUGAACCUGUAAGGGCUAAUAUCCUGACAAAUUCUAUUUUAUUAAUUUUGAGUUAAAACUGAUGUUACACACAGUUACAGCCUAUCACUCAUCUCAGAGUAACGUGCUCUGAUACAAAACAGUGCUUAUGAAAAGAAAGCAAUGGUAGAAUAUCCAUGUAGCACUCUGUUCCUUACACAAUUAUCCCGAAUUUGAAACACUAUAGAGUGAGAAGCUGUCAGAGAAAGGCUUAAAUUUGUUCUAAUAAUUGUUAGCUAUAAAAUAGCUAAAACACUUAUGCUAAAAUAAUAAGAAAACCAUUUUGUGUUUGUACCAAAUUGUUUAAUGUACACUGACAUCCCACUGUUGUUAAUGGGAGAUACAUGCACGAUGCAACAAGCGAACAAGCCCCUUGUUUAGGAGGAAAGUAGAAGGAUUUAAAUCUGCGGAAGAAGCACAAAACUCAAUUUGUCUCAAGUAUUAAGUUACUAAUCAGAUGUGGUUUCUCAAACUACAUUUAUAAAUAUUUCUCAGGUUGAAGUUAAAAAUUUACAAUUGUUACACAAAUUGUAAAUAUAUUAUUGACCAAACUAAGGUUUUUUAAAAUCUCAUGGCUGCUGGUUCACACAUGGUAUUGAAAUGUUUGAUAACAAAACGUCCUCUCCUUCUGUUUUGUUGUUGUAUGAUCAAAGAGUUUUUCUAAUUCAUCUUUAAAAUGGCAGUUUUCUUCACUCAAUGGACAAAUCAGCAUGAUUUCCACAUGAGAAAGGAGCACAAAUAUUAUAGUUCCAUUUUCCUCCAACUUGUCCUUUUAUCAACAAGACCAAUCUUUGAUAUUAGUUUCCUUUUUGCACAAGAAAUUUACAAUCAGAUGGGUAGCUUUUUAAAAACUGAGGUGACAUUUGAAUCUUGAGAUUGCGAAGCAUUUUUUUUCUUUGAAACAACUUUUUAUGUUUCUUAUUGGCAUGGUCACCUUUUCACACUUAAGUUCAAUGUUAUGUUUCUCUCUUAUUAAAUCCUGGAAUAAAUACAUUGGAAAACAUUAGAGCAGGGUUGGCCAAAAAGGCCUCCAUGCGCCAGAUCUGGCCUGCCAAGUGGGUUGAUCUGGUCCGUGGAUGCCCCCUGCUCCCCGCGCCAGUCAGAACCUGGGGGCGGGAGGGAAGCACACAAACCGCAGCUGGCGGUUGACUCUAAGCAUGGCAUCCCCCUUGCAGGGCAGGGGCAGGGAGUGAGAGACUUCCUGUGUCCCCCCACCCGUUCCCUGAUUGACCUGAGGGUGAGGAAAGCAUGCAAAGUAGUCUUCCACCACCAGGGGAGCAGGUGCCUAGAGGGAACCGCCAGCUGUUCUGGCCAAUCAGGGUCUGUGGGCAGGGGAACACAGAAGUUUACCGGCCCCAUCCCUUCUGGGGCAGCCCCAGGCCACUAAAACAAUUUUUGAAGUGGCCCCCGCAUCUAGAAUUAUUGCUCACCCCGCAUUGAAGUCAUGUGGAGUAAUCCAUUCAUUAAACUAGAUUAAAAAUCCUCUCUUAAAUUUACAACAUCAUUCUCAUUAGAGGAAAAUAUCUCAUCUGUAAACCUAGCUCUUGAAGUAUGUACUAGAUUAAAGCUCUAGAUAACAGGGAGACCAUAGCCGACUGCUGAUUUGAACUCCCCACUAUUAAGAUUUUUUUCGUAGUGCCUUUCAUUUCCAAAGAGUCUCAUCUAACUUCCUAACUCUUAGUUAAUUGGACUGAAGCACAUUAGCUACACAUUAGCCUGGGGUUUAUAAAACAAAUAAUAGCCAUAGAACAGUCUAGCAAAGUAAGUUUCUCCUCAUGUCCUCAUGGCAUAAAUAUUAAAGCAGCGAUGAGAUGCAUCCUGAUCCAGUGACAAUCUAUUUCUUAUGCCAGUGUACUGAUGUUGACAUAACCACUGUGAUGGACGCUUCUAUAGUAGAACAAUUGCUCACCAUACAAUUACUGCAUACAAUGACCUGCAUUCUUACUGGCUAAGAGAAGAAACCUAUUGUGAGGAUUAGCCAUUCAGAAGCUAGUUUAUCUGUAAAAGUACUGUACUUUUCAUGAAUAAACUGUUAUGCUUUGCCAGUGAAAAGAUCAGCUAUUGGAUUCACUGAAUUCAUUUGGUAUAUUGAUUAUAUUACAUAGUUGCCAGUAACUAUCUAUGCAUUGAAAGGAAUAUUUUUAUACUUUAUACCUUAUGCAAUUUAUAACUGAGGAUAUUAGCUUUACUAGAUUAAUUAAUCUGAUAACUGUAUCAUUUGAACAUUAUUGUGUAUGACCAUUAAGGAUUCAUUACCGUUGGGCAUUGCUACAUUAACAUGUUUAAGUAUUAUUUAAAUAUUAAAUGAGUUGCUUGCCUCUAGAUUCUUAUUUAAGUUGUAUUCCUUUUAUAGUUAAUAAAUUAUUAUUAUUUUGGUGGACACAAUUUCUCUUUAGUUCAUAGAAAAAAUUGCAACUUUACUACAUAAACUGCUUUUUCCAGUGGUUGGUAUAGGAAAUGGAAGACAAGAAAAAAUGGAAAUCAGUUCAGAUCCUGAGGACAAUCACUGCAGCCAAAACAUUCCCUUUAUCGCUAUUCAGCCCGAUCAUCAUCCAAUUGUUGUGUUACAUCUUGAUAUUCUUUGGAAAAACGGUUUUUAUAUAAAUGUUGUGGCAAAGCUCUGGCUGUGCCUGUGGAUCUUGUGCUUUUAGCAGAUAGUGUUCAGCCUCAGAGGCUUGCGGUGUCCCACUAAAACGUUCUCUUUACUAGAGGCAUAGUUCAUAGCCUACUGAGCCAUACUCAUCACAAGCUAGUCCAUAAUAUGGGGAGGUGAAACCCCUCUAUUGUCCUGGUCUCCCUAUCCAGGGACAGAUUCUGUAGUGGUGUGGAGAGGGUUGGAGGGAACCCAACCACUACUCCGGGUUCUGGCCCAGGGACCCUAAGGCAGCGGCAGCAGAUGGACAACAGUAGAACAGUUUGUUCUACUCCCCAUCUGGCAAUUACUUCCCUGGGCCACUUCCCCAAACGAUCCCUCCCAGUACUUUCCCUCUGGUACCUGAACAGCUUAUCCUGUUCUUCCAAAUGUACUCUGCCUGACUUGUAGCUCCCAGCUCUCACUCAGGCUCCUUUUACUCUCAGAACUCUGGCUUGCUGGCACAGAGGCCUCCUUAAUCUAGGGCUAACAUAUCCCUUGGAGUACUCUGACCUGACCCUGACCCUAUCUAUCCGCCCCCCACCCCCCCACACACACACACCCCCGGCAUCGCCCGGGGAAACUGUAGUAAAAGGGGUGAUGAAUGAACUAUGUCAACGACAUUAACAUACAUAUUGUAUUGAAAAUACUUCUCUUAUAUAUUACUUUAAGAAAUUAACAUAGCUAACGAUGUGCUUCCAAAAUGCAUUUACAUUUAACUCAUUUCUUGAUAACAAAAGGUGUGGUGAAUGAACUACAUAAUUAUGUUACCAACCUAUUUUAUUGGAAAUACUUUUUCUGUUAUCAUAGGGAAAGGAUCUCAUAGUUGCAGUUUGUGAGACACGCUUAACAGAAAAGUCCAGCAAAUGCCUAUGAUCAGAUGCUACUAAAAGCUAAUUAGUGGCCCAGUUGGGGUUCUGGG